AUGUCUAAGACGCUGCGCAUUUUGGUGCCCGUGAAAAGGGUCAUCGACUAUGCCAUAAAACCAAGAAUCAAUAAGGCCGGCACUGGUGUCGAGAAAACAGGUGUGAAAUUUAGCAUGAACCCAUUUGACGACAUUGCGGUUGAAGAGGCCGUGCGUAUUCGUGAAUCGCACAAGAAACUAGUGGAGAACAUCCACGCAGUGUCGAUUGGGCCUGCCAAGGCUCAGGAUAUCUUGAGAACAGCGUUGGCCAAGGGCGCAGACACAUGCACGUUGAUCGAUGCAAAGGAGGCGGAGCUAGAACCGCUAGCAGUGGCAAAAGUCUUGAAACAGGUGGUGGCAAAGCAAAACGCAAACCUGGUCAUUCUGGGGAAACAAAGUAUUGACGACGAUUGCAACAACACGGGCCAAAUGCUCGCAGGGCUCUUGAACUGGCCACAGGCCACCAACGCGGCAAAAGUGGAAGUAGACGAGUCCUCUAUGACCGCAAAAGUGACCAGAGAAAUCGACGGUGGAGAAGAAACCGUAAGUGCACCACUUCCCCUCGUGAUCACCACUGAUCUGCGUCUAAAUCAACCGCGUUAUGCUACAUUGCCCAACUUGAUGAAGGCCAAGAAAAAACCUAUGGAGAAACUGACGCUAGCGGACUUUUCAGACGUCUCCACAGAGCCCAGACUACAAGUCCUCAAGCUCGAAGAACCACCCACCAGAUCAGCAGGCGAGAAGGUCGCGUCUGUUGACGAACUGAUCGAAAAAUUGAAAUCCGUGAAGGCUAUCUAG